UUGUUUUGCCUGUUUUUUUUUCACAGAGAGGAAAGCGAGCGCAACGCUGUCUGGGCGCGCUCCCGACGGGCUGUGUGGAGAGGAGACGGCGGCGCGCGCACCUCGCACAGUGCAUCGAGCGUUUGGACUCAGAAGCAGGAAUAUUUCUCUGAGCAGGUGGAGACUUUGGAGAACUUGUGUCUAGAGAAUGGAGAGUUCUGGUUGGCCGGGUGAAACCGAGCCUCCUGAAGGCCACGUCUACGAAGUGACGGUGGUCCAGAACACCACGGCCCCUCACAAUCACCCAUUUGCAGACGUAGCUCUGCUGCAGACCUUCAAACCACUCAUAAUACCCUGCUACGUUCUCGUGGUGCUGGUGGGCGUCUUCGGCAACUACCUUCUGAUCUACGUCAUCUGCCGCACGAGGAAGAUGCAUAACGUCACCAACUUCUUCAUCGGCAACCUGGCCUUUUCGGACAUGCUGAUGUGCGUGACCUGCGUCCCCUUUACGCUGGCCUACGCCUUCAGUCCACACGGCUGGACGUUCGGGCGCUUCAUGUGCUACCUGGUGUACCUGAUCCAGCCGGUUACCGUAUACGUGUCCGUAUUUACUCUAACGGCCAUCGCCGUGGACAGGUACUAUGCCACGGUGCACCCUUUGAAAAAGCGCACCUCAAUGCAGGCUUGUGCCUAUGUGCUGUCUGGCAUCUGGCUGCUGUCUUGCGUGCUGGUAGCACCCGCCGUGGCCCACACCUAUCACGUAGAGUUCAGAGAGGAAGGCCUUACCAUCUGUGAGGAGUUUUGGUUGGGCCAGCAGACCCAGCGACUGAUCUACGCCUACAGCACACUGCUCCUCACCUACAUCCUCCCUCUGUCCGCCGUCUGCGUCUCUUACCUGUGCAUCUCCGUCAAGCUACGCAACUGCGUGGCCCCCGGACACCGCACGCGAGAUCAGGCCGAAGCCCAGCGCGCUCGCAAGCGCAAGAUCUUCAGGCUGGUGGCUCUGGUAGUGGCGGCGUUUGGAGUCUGCUGGCUGCCCAUCCACGUGUUCAACGUGCUGCGCGACAUCGAUAUCCACCUCAUCGACAAGCGUCACUUCUUGGUGAUCCAGCUGUUGUGUCACCUGUGCGCAAUGAGUUCGUCCUGCUGCAACCCGUUCCUGUACGCGUGGCUGCACGACCGUUUUCGAUCCGAACUGCGCAAGAUGUUCACCUGUCAUCGUCGCAUCGGCAUAUCUGCCAACCAAUGCGCGACAGCCAGCGUGGUACUGUGAACUUAAGAGGGAAGCAUUUAAUAUUUAUGAAUGAUCCACAAAAUGUAAAUAAUGGAUGGAUUCAAGCUUACACAAAUAUGUGGCACAUUAUCAUUUUUACGAAGUUAUUCACUAGCAUUUCUCCUGUAUAUCUCAAUGGAAAUCAUGCUUUUUGCUCAUGGGCACAGAAUUUUUGCCAGCAAAAUAUCCCAUGGGCUGUGCUCAGAGCUUGCAAUGGUAGGAAGUAAUAUAUGUUAGGAAAAUAAGGUCAGAUUUACUUUAGGUUGACUGAAGUGGAUGUUCAAGCAGUGACCCUGGACCACAAAACCAAUCAUAAGGAAGUUUUAAAAAAUUGAAGUUUAUGCAUAAUCUGAAUAAAUAUGCUUUCCCUUGAUGUAUGGUUUGUUAGGAUAGAUACAACUAUUUGAAAAUCGGGAAUCUGAGGGUCAAAAUAUCCAAAUAUUGAUAAAAUCGCCUUUAAAGUUGUCCAAAUAAAGUCUUUAGCAACACAUA